AUGUUUGUCACCUCCGGGCGCGAGCUCAAGACUAUCAUUUUGCUGUCCUGGGUGACGCCGACUUACAAAAGGAUUACGUCACGGGUCCUGAGGGAGGAGUCCAGAUGCUCCCGAGCAGCACCAAAGUGGUGCAAGCGCUUGUCUGAGCCGGGUUCCCCAGGCAGGGCUGCCGUCAGAAGCCGCGGUGGGCUGCCCGGCGGUCGCCAGCGCCGGGGCUGCCCGGGGGCCUCGCAGGCCGGCAGCGGGGCUGAGGCGGCGGCGGCGGCGGUGGCGGCAUCUCCCCUCGCGGCAGGCCGGGGCGCCGGGUCCCGGCCUUCCCCCCGCAGGCCCGGCCAGCCCCGGCCCCUCCCUGCCGCCCCCGGGGCUGCGGGGGCAGCAGGGGACUGCCUGCCGCUGGUGGCUGUCCGGCGGAGGCCGGCGGGCACCGCGGAGACGUGCGGCUGUGGAGAGAAAGGAGUUUCUGCCGGCUGUCCCCGCAGGGAGCCGCAGCCGCCGGGGGUGUCCCUCACAGCCCGGCGUCGGUGGCGGGCUGCGACACAGUCCUGCCCGGGCGUUCUUGGCAGCCCCCGGGGCAAGAGGCCUGUCAGGCUUCAGGGAGGUCGGCAGCGGCAUUUCCAGAGCAGUCCCGUCCCGUUGGCUCUCCUGCUUCCUUCCCCGGGCUGGGAGAAAGGAGGACGUCCUCGAAAGCAGGUCAAGAGAAGAAAAGAAGUGUCAGGAAGUGCUGCAGUGGAAGAAAUGGUGAAGAGGAGAAGAGUGGAAGUCGGAGCGGAGGCCUCAUGCCCACAGUCGGGUAUGGGCAGAACUGGAGCCGAGCGUGUUUGCCAUAUGAGUAAAGCAAAGCAUGGAUUUGAAACGAAUUCCUCCAAAGAAGAUGAGCGUGAGUUUAGUCCAGCAUCCCUUACUGUGGGCUGUAACCGAGUGAGUUUUUGGGCACCUGUGGGAUCUAACCUCGAACAAAGAACAGGAACCGGUCAGGCUGAGGGUGCGGUGCAGCUACUGCAGCAGCUGGACCAAAUGGUGAACAAAGGAAACGUGGAGUCAGAAGGAAGAGGUCUCUCCAGGUUCUGGAGAAGGUACGACUACUGCAGCUACGAGCAGGUGCAGUCCUGGCUCUGUCCGAGCCUGUGCCUGAUUCUGGCAGUUCAGGUGAUUCUCCGUUCUCUUGAAGAAUGGACUUUUGGGGUUUUCGAUAAUGGGGUGGCCGGCACGGCCCCAGGCCUGCUGGUGUCAGAUGGGAUUCGCCUUUCUCAAAGGGAGAAGGGGUUCUUGGCUCACGAGCUAGCAUGA